GUGUUUUUUACCAUUUUAUUAUCUUCUCCCUAUGGCUGCACCUGCAGUUCUUCUAUCAAUCCCCAUCCUGAUAUCAUUUCUCAUGUGUUUAGAACAGUUUGUGUUAUCCCAAGUGGAAAACCAGUUCGUCUUCAAUGGCUUUAAUGGAUCCAACCUGCAUCUGAAUGGGAUUGCUGAGAUUCAACCCAAUGGUCUAUUACAGCUAACCAACACCUCAAAGAGACAAAUUGGUCAUGCUUUCUUCCCAUCUCCUCUCAAGUUCAACAAAUCAUCAACUAACAUCUUUGAUUCCCUUUCAUUUUCGACCAACUUCGUGUUUGCCAUUGUUCCAGCUGAAGAGACUAAUCCUAGGGUUGGUCAUGGUAUUGCAUUCACUAUCUCACCUACCAUGGAGCUGCCAGGGGCUGCUCCAACCCAAUACUUGGGACUUUUUAAUUCUUCAACCAAUGGCCUUUCUUCAAACCAUGUGUUUGCUGUAGAGUUAGACGCCGUCCCAACCACUGAAUUCGGAGAUAUCAGUGGCAGUCAUGUUGGCAUUGAUGUAAACAACUUGAGAUCCUUGGUAUCAGCUCCACCAACAUUCUUUGCAGACGGUGAAGGGGAAAAUAAAAGCUUGGACCUCUUAACUGGAAAUCCAAUGCAGCUGUGGAUCGAUUACGAGGAAGACAACAAGCUGCUGAAUGUAACACUUGCCCCUACGCCAAGCAACAAGCCAAGCCGACCACUUUUAUCGACGUCCGUUGAUCUUUCUACUGUCUUAUUGGAUUCUAUGUAUGUCGGCUUCUCUUCAUCAACUGGUGAAUUAACUAGUAGCCAGUAUAUUAUGGGGUGGAGCUUUAAUAAAACUGGGCGAGCACAAAGCCUGGACUACUCAAAGCUUCCUUCACUUCCUGAUCGGAGUAAAUCGAAGUCAAACUCAAAUUUACAAAUUAUUAUCCCUUUAAUAGCUGUGGUUGCAUUGCUUGUGACAAUCUUUGGUGCUGCAUGUGUUACAAGAAGGAAGAGAUAUGAAGAAAUACGUGAAGAAUGGGAAAAAGAAUAUGGUCCUCAAAGAUUUUGUUUCAAGGAUCUCUAUAAGGCAACAAAAGGUUUUAAAGAAAAAGAACUACUAGGAAGUGGGGGUUUUGGAAGGGUUUAUAGAGGAGUUUUACCUUCUUUGAAAGAACAAGUUGCGGUCAAGAGGAUCUCCUAUGAUUCAAGACAGGGAAUGAAGGAGUUUGUUUCCGAAAUCGUGAGCAUGAGAAGGUUAAGGCAUAGGAACUUGGUGCAGCUACUCGGCUACUGCAGGCGAAAAGGAGAACUUCUCUUGGUCUAUGACUAUAUGCCUAAUGGAAGUCUAGACAAGUUCCUAUUCAGCAAUUCAAUGCCAAACCUAAGUUGGGGUCAACGGUUUCAGAUUCUCAAAGGAGUAGCAUCUGCCCUGCUUUACCUUCAUGAAGAGUGGGAGCAAGUUGUUCUUCACAGAGAUAUAAAAGCUAGCAAUAUUCUGUUAGAUGCAAACUUUAAUGGAAGGUUAGGAGACUUUGGUCUAGCCAAAUUAUAUGAUCAUGGCUCAAAUCCAUCAACUACUCGUGUGGUCGGGACUGUGGGAUACAUUGCACCAGAGCUAGCUCGAACCGGGAAGGCCACUACGAGCACCGACGUGUUUGCCUUUGGCACUUUUAUGCUUGAAUUAGCAUGUGGGAGGAAGCCCCUGGAGCCACAACUAGAGCCUGAACAAAUUAUUUUGGCCGAUUGGGUCUGUGAAUUGUGGAAAGCAGGAUCUAUUCUCGAUGCCGCCGAUCCUAGAUUGGUCGGUGAUUACGUGACAGACGAAAUGGAAUUGAUUUUGAAACUAGGCAUUCUCUGUACGAGCCCCAUAGCUACAAAUAGGCCGAGCACAAGGCAGAUGGUACAACAUUUGGAUGGAAACAGUACCUUGCCUGAGAUACCACCGGAUGGCGUUAGAAUUGAUACGAUAACAGUUGGAAACGUAACAUCAUCAGAGUUUGCUGCAUCGUAUGAAGAAAAUUCUGUUUCUGCCAAUUCAUUUUCUAGCUCCAUAUCUGUACUCAGCAGUGGUCGUUGA